CACUUGACUCAUUUAUGUGUCAGAGCUUAUCCGUGCUAGACUGAAGAAGAGGAGAAACCCCUACAAGUACUGAAAAAUUGAGAUUAAAGGAAAUUACUCAAGGUGACUUGGACUGAAGACAUGACCAAAGAGACCGAGACUCUGGGACUGGUCUUUCAGAGCGAGAACUUCAGCUAUAACAAUUACCCAAACUACAUCAUGGACUCCUGGUCCUAUCUGGAUAACUCUGUACCUGAGCCGAACCCCUCAAAACCCAGAUUCCCUUCUGAUGACCUAACAGCCCUCACAAUGCUUUAUGAACAGUGCAAGAACCAAAAAGCAAAUGCUGCCUGCAGUCGCCCUGGCAAUGUGUGCAAAGCAACAGAGAGGAGCCUGACCAACACCAAUGAGAUUUCUCCACUGGAUACAUCCUCUAUUGCCAUGAAGAUUCUCUCUGAGAGCAUUCCCACCCAGCCCCACGACAUUUUGGGAUCUAAGCAGAACCCGCCCAUCUCUGUUCCCACUACCUCAGACACAUAUACCACGCUGACCAGUGUUGUGGCAGACACUUAUGACAAACAGGAGCUCAGCAACUUUUUUGAUUUGCUGCAAAAGUGGCCAGAGACCACUGCUUUCCCUGACCCCAGCACCGAGACUCUUCCCUACAGCGAUCCCUUCCCUGAAAACCAUUCCAGCCCAGUCUACUCUGGCUCCUACGCCAGUUCCCCAUCUGAGAGAUCCAGGAGUGACUUCCAGUUUUCACUCGGUUCUCCCGCAGCUUCUACUUACAAGCCCAGCGAGCUACCCAUGGUGUAUCUGAACAAGGGACAAUUUUACCCCAUCACACUCCAUGGCGUGGACAGCAGUGCCUGCCUCACUGCCACCAAAGUCAGGACAGUGGUGAUGGCUGUGUUUGAGAAUGACAAGAGCCCAGAAAUGCAGCUACGCUUCUGGAAUCACUGGCAUGCACGCCAACCAACCGUCAAGCAGAGGGUCAUUGACAUCGCGGACUACAAGGAAGUGUUCAGUGGCAUUAGCAACAUAGAAGAAGUGGCCUUCAAUGCUCUGUCUUUUGUGUGGAACCCCAGCGAAGAGGCCAAGGUGUACAUUGGGAUCAACUCUCUGAGCACAGACUUCUCCUCUCAGAAAGGAGUGAAAGGCCUGCCUCUAAACCUCCAGAUUGACACUUAUGACUUAAGCUCAGGAAACAGCCAACUGUUGCACAGAGCUGCUCUCCAGGUCAAGAUUUUCUGUGAUAAGGGUGCAGAGAGGAAGAUGAGAGAUGAGGAGAGGAAGCGAUCUAAGAGGCGGGGAAAGAACACUAACGAUGCUAACAAUAAAUCUUCAGCAAGUUGCUCCAUAAGCAAUGAGUGCACCUUCUUCCAGACCCUGGACGACCACGUCACCCAUCCAGUCCUAUUCAUCCCAGAGACACACCUGUCCAGUGUCCAGCGCAUGGCCACUCCCAUGGACGAAUCAGAAAGGAGUUCUCUGAAGAGGUUGUAUCCAGACAGAGACCAGACAAGCUCUCCCUCCAGCAAAAAAGCUCGCAGAGAAGACCCACAAAGAGUUCUUCUAUAUGUGAGGACAAGCACUGAAGAGGUGUUCGACGCCCUCAUGCUCAGCUCACCGACACUGUCAGGCUUACGAGAAGCUAUUUCAGAAAAGUACGGUCUGCAAAAAAACACCAUUGGGAAAAUCUACAAAAAAUGCAAGAGAGGGAUUUUUGUCAACAUGGACGACAACAUCAUCGAACACUACACCAACCAGUCGGCAUUCCUCAUCGAGGUGUCUGAGUUGGCCACUGGUCAGUUCCAGGUUACUCUGGUUGAAGUAUGAGAGCAAUCAGCCACCUGCUCUGCUGACAGAUGAAGAAACAAAAAUGCCAGUUUUACAAUUUUUUUGAAGCACUGCCUGCCCAGACACAAUGCAAGACGUGGAUUGCCAAAAACAAGAAGAAAACUGGAUUGAAAGGACCUCCCCAGUUUUCUGACUUCAGUUCACAGUGUUGUAAAUAUCAUUCUCCCCCCGUUUGUAUCAUUGUGUUAACGUCAGAGCAAUUCCCUGUGUAUAUAUAAUGUAAAUAGAUUUUAAUAAGACAGUGUUUAUGAUCUAUAUGUGUACAUAUUGAAUAUCAGUUUCCACAAACUGCUAUGUAUUUCAUUUUUAUUGAAAGAGCUCUGCACAUGAUCUGUGUACAGCAUUUUUUUUCAGCAUUUUUAUAGGUUACUUUUCUUGCUGCUUGCAAUGUACUCAUCAUUUCUUCUACAAAACCCAAUGGUGCAUUUUUCUUACCCACAAACUGCUGUCACAUUUUUUUACUGCCAAAAGUAUCCUCCUCUAUGUUCCUGUUAGUUUCACAACUAAGAUCACCCAACACUGGGCUGCAUUCAGAACCUAAAGUCAGACAUUUCCACCUGUAAAACCACACAAGAGUUAGUAUUGCCCAUCAUUUAGCCCCUGAUUUGUGGACAUUUCCUGACUGUAUGGUGAAACCACAGAGUUUAUUUUUCCUGGAAACAGUUCAAGCACCCUAAACCCAACCAGAGGACAUUCAUAUUAUGCAUGUAUAUGCGUGUGUAAAAACUUGUUUCCUUAUGCAUUAUGCGUCAUUUCAAAGUGAGUAUGUAUCCUUGUGUUAUUUCAUUAUUGUAUCAUCUUGUUAUCUUGGUCAUAAUUGGCCCUUU